AUCGCUCCCAAUUCCAAAUUGCUCCUUUAUUGUGCUACUGCUGGUGCUGAACCUCGAGGGAUCAAGGACAAACUUUUGAAAUCCAGCCCGUGUCCACAAUAGUUGAAGAGACACCUGGCAUGUUACGGUGAAUGGCAUUCAGGGCUGGACGGGUCAUCUGUGAGUUCUGAAGGGUUACAGAACAUUCAAUGAUGGUCGCUGACCAACGGCCUGGCCCGUUCACCAGUACCUUCAAAGUGAGUGAGUAGAUACUUUACUUAUCGCCUUGGGACAGUUCAGGUAUCCAAUAGCAACAGACAGCAUAGUACAGUUGACAACAACAAAAAAAACAGUUAGUCAACAAAAUAAGUAAAUCAAAAUCAAUUGAAAGUCAGCAAUGACUUGAGCAUAAUAUAUAUACAUAUAUUUCAUUAAUACAUUAAUGAAAUUACACUAUACACGCCAACAUGUUUGACCAAUCUGAAUGCCCCACAAGGCUUUGCUUUUGUCCCAAUCCGUCCGCGAUAGCAUGCCAUGAUAUGACUAUAAAUUCCACUUUAACGUGCUAGCAUUUUAACGUAUCCACCAUGUCAGGGUACGUAGGAUGUCUGUGUACUCAGUGACGUCGCGCGAUGUUUACAGAGUAGAAACGAUGGAGAAAGGGAAAUACCCCCAUAAAACGCAGCUGUCGGGUAAACAAGGCACGCAGGUUGUCAUGUUAGGAUUUUAACCAGACGGGAUAUAAAACAGAUACACGCUUUCCGUCACCACCUAGCUGGAGGCGUUUCUGUUUCGCUUAUCCGGAAUCACCUCUGACUCAUAUCGAGAUGAAUCCACCGUCAUCCCUCUCACACAACAUCACCCUUUAAAAAGGACCCAACUCUCCCUUCGCUUUAGAACCCAAGGACCCUCUCACGCGUUCACCGUACAGCGCUCCCAUCCAUGUUAUUCAUCUCAUCGCUUCAUAUUCGUUCCUUUUUUUUUUAAAAUUGCUACGGCACCUUGUGCGCUCCUGUCUUCUAAAUGUUCACGCGUCCUUCCUCUCCCCUGUUCUCCACCCUCCUCCUCCUCCUCGCCACCCUCCUCCAGCUCGGCCUCUCCUUCUACGUCCCCGACUCCGGCCCCCUGCUGUGGCUGGGCGACCAGGUCAGGGAGAGACGCCUCUACACAGAGAGCCACCGGAGGGGGCUGUUCCUGGAGAUGAGCCCGGACGGUCAGGUGACAGGAAGUGCUGCUCAGACGCCGCUCAGUGUUCUGGAGCUGAGGUCGGUCAGUCCAGGAGACACUGUCAUCACAGCGCGCCUCUCCUCGCUCUACCUGUGUGUGGACAGGGCAGGUCACCUGACAGGACAGAGACAGUACACAGAGUCCGACUGCACCUUCAGAGAGGUCAUCCUUGAGGACGGCUACACCCACUUCCUGUCCGUGCACCACGGACUUCCUAUUUCGCUGGCGCCGAGAGACUCCCCAGGGAGACAGGGGCUGCGCUUCAGCAGGUUCCUCCCGCUGAGGAGCAGUCUGUCAGAGGAGAGGGUCGCCGAGGCCCCCCAGACAGCCAAGGCCCUGAACCUGGACUCUGAAGACCCCCUGGGGAUGGGUCUGGGUUCGCUCCUCAGCCCGGCCUUCUCCAUGGACACCUAAACACCAAAGCCAGGGCCCCAACUGUUCAAAAAGUGUUUUUUUUGUGUUCGAUGCUGACAUUGGUACAGGACCAACUUCCUAAUACUUGAAUUAAAUUAUUCAGAAUUAUUUUUAUGAGAAAUAAUUUAUAGAAUUACACAUAUUUAUGUUUGUUUUUGUAUUUUUGUAUUUUUCUAUUCUACAUUAUUGGCGAUUGAAUGUAUUUCUGAUUUUGUAAGAAAUGUUGUUUUCUCUGUUUGCUUUUGUUUUUGUUUUUAAAGAUAAUACAUGUGAACAAAUUGUUUUAAAUGGUGUAUUUGUGUGUGACAUCUCAAUAAUAAUUUAGAAGCUUUCUGGUGUACACUUCGCGGUUUAAAAACAUAAUACUACUAUUUAUAUUAUUAUCUAGUGUGGACAAUAUAAUUUUAUUGAAAGGAGAUUAGCCUACCAUAAGGACAUAACAGCCGGCCCGACAACAUCGCGAGUUCAAGCAGCCUGUCUAUUUAGGAGAAGAGGCGGGAAUGGGGGUUGUAACGCCCUCUGGCGGAAAAAAAGUCCUGUUUUAGUCUAGCAACACUGCUGCCACAGGGGAGCGCUGAACCCCACGGGGCAGAUCAUACCGUGAUAUUACCUCAUUUAAAAUAAUUUGAAUAAAUGGGUUCAUGUGAUUGGCUACAAGCUCAAAGAGAUGCCUCAUCGGUUAGAACGCCGUGGAGCGACGGUUAGCCUAUCUGUCAUUUUGAUAUGAGUUCGCUAGACAACUACUAUCCAAUUAAACAGAGGAAAAUACACACUUUUACCACUUCUGACCUGGUGAGUGAGUUGCGUAAUUUAAAUAUGUAAAUUAAUGGAUGAUGAAUGUUGAAGGAGACAAACGGUUUUCUUUCUUUUUUUGUGUGUCGUACGUUAUGUUUACAUUUCCAGGCAUUUUUGUGGCAGCCUCAGGAUUUAUAAAAAUCCUGCUAGCUUUUGUUGUAGCAUCUAAUUGUUUAGUUUUACUUGCCUGCUUUCUGGUACAGCGCAAUGUGGGCAUCCUCACAAGCUGUGAGCAGCAUUGAACUGAUUUAAUAACGACUGAAACUGUUGGGAUUCAACACUGUUAUCAGUUUCAGUAUUAAACAUACCUUUUGUUUGGAGGUAACCUCACUUCUCUUUUCACAACUAGGCUUCAUAGAGAGAGAGCCAGUAAUAAUGACAUAUUUUACUCUAUAUCCUAUCCAAUAAUCUACACCUUUAUUCAUAUAUUUAUGUAGGAAUGGAGUAUACAAUUAGAACUGUUUUAUUUAUUAAAAGAUGAAAGCUUGAAACAUAUAAUACAUGGUUUCAAUUACUUUAAACAAACAUUUAGAUAUUCAUAUAAUAUGAUACACAAUGAUAUAUGAUUUAAAACCUGAUAAACCUUUUGGUUUUGUGUUAUUGAAUGUGGUGAAAACUUUUAACUUCAAAAGUCCAAAAUAAACAUCUAACUAUGGUUAAGUAAAAAAGCGAGUGGUAAGGUGAGUUUAGUAAAUUACUAAAAUAAAAUCGUUAUUACAAAUGUUGAUUUCAACAAUCAAACAUACAGAUUUCAUGUUUUAACAGCGCACUGAGCAGUGCUACAGUGCAAAAUAUUAAGACCACAUCUCCAUUUGCAUGAGCUUAAUAUGUACUUAAUAUGCCGAUAACUAUAUGUUCACAUCUCACAAAUAAUGAAGAAUGCUGAGGUUGUUUAAGUUAUCCGGCAGAAGGCUUAUGGUGGUAAUGGUCGACCACCCAUUUUAUUUACACUCAAAACGUUAAGCUAACUUUUCUAAGACAUUUGUCAUCGCGCAGGAAUUCAAUAAGCCUUUUUUGGUUUCACACACACUCACACACCAACAAUCACACUCACUAUUUAGUAGUGUAUUUGUCCUUCAAUUUCCCAAUUUACUGCAACCAAUUUAUUCACAUUUAUUCAAAAGAGGAACUCUUAUCCGACAGUUUAUUUGAAGUCUCUUUUCAAUGGCCAUCCAUUUUUGAGCCAUACAUGCAAAAGUAAAAAGUCUUGGAGUCUGGAUACAUGUCAGUCUCCUUCUCCUCAUCCUGUAAGCUUUUCUGUAGCUGGCCAUGCCUGAUGCAUUGUGGGUAACCCUGUAACUCAGACUUGAUUUGCUAGUGGCUCACCGGCGUUCCCCUGACAGAUGGCCUCCAUGCCGUGGUAGUCUCCUUCCUCUUCCCUGGGCUCCUCCAGCUCUUCCUCCUCCCCCUCCCACGGAGAGGGGCUGACGUGGUUGUACUCUGUGUUGUCUUCGGACGCCGUCUCGCGGUGGUAGAAGUAGCUGAAGUUGGACACGAUCACGGGCACCGGCAGCGAGAUGGUGAGCACGCCGGCGAUGGCGCACAUUGAGCCCACCAGCUUGCCCCACAUCGUCACGGGGGUCAUGUCCCCGUAGCCCACUGUCGUCAUGGUGACCACCGCCCACCAAAAGGCGUGCGGGAUGCUGACGAAGGUGGUCUCGGCGUAGUCGGCCUCGGCGAAGUAGAUGGCGCUGGAGAAAAUGAUCACUCCGAUGAAGAGGAAGAAGAUGAGCAGGCCCAGCUCUCUCAUGCUAGCCCGGAGGGUCUGGCCAAGGAUCUGGAGACCCUUUGAGUGCCGGGAAAGCUUGAAGAUCCUGAAGACCCGUACCAGACGGAUGACCCUGAUGAUGGCCAGCGAGCCCGCGGGCGUCGCGUCGUUGUCCUUGGCCAGCUCCGUGCACAGGGUGACAAAGUAGGGCAGGAUGGCGCUGAAGUCGAUGAUGUUCAUCACGUCCUUGAAGAAGAGCGUCUUGCUGGGUGCGGAGGCGAAGCGCAUGAGGAGCUCGAAGGAGAACCAGCAGAUGCACAUUGA